UGAUCAAUGGCAACGCGACGAAUAUUGCUAAUUUCGUGAAAUUUUUCAGGUUUGCUUAAGUCUCACGUUCCUCAACAGUUGUAAGUGAUUUUCUUUGUAUUCUACUCAUUUUCAACAUAACAAACACCGCUGUUGUGUAGUACCACAAAGUUAAAAUGGGUGAGCGCAAAGGCCAAAACCUCUACUACCCCCCUGACUAUGACCCUAAAGUCGGGGGGUUGAACAAAUUCUUAGGAACUCAUGCCCUUCGUGAGAGGGCACGGAAACUCCACAUGGGGAUCCUUAUCAUUCGUUUUGAGAUGCCCUACAACAUCUGGUGCGAUGGAUGUAACAACCACAUAGGCAUGGGAGUCAGGUAUAAUGCAGAGAAGACCAAGAUCGGGAUGUAUUACACGACUCCAGUAUACCAGUUCCGAAUGAAAUGUCAUCUGUGUGACAAUCAUUUCGAGAUUAAGACGGACCCGGGGAAUCUAGAUUACGUUAUUGUAUCAGGCGCAAGGCGUCAGGAGAACAGAUGGGAUCCCACGGAGAACGGUCAGAUUGUCCCCGAAACCAAGGAGACGCAGAAGAAGUUGUUUGACGAUGCGAUGUUCCGGCUUGAACACAAAACUGGAGAUGAGGACGCUGCUAAGUUAGACAAACCCAGGCUGGGGAGGCUAGUGGGGAGGAACGAGUCUGUGUGGAAAGAUGAUUACGAAGCUAACUGUUCACUUAGGAGGAACUUCAGAAAAAGGAGAAAGGAACUGGAAGAUGCAUCAGUGAAUGACAGCCUUCUUCUUGCUAAAUCGUCACUCGACAUCAAUUUACUACCAGAAAGUGAGGAUGAUAGAAAUAUGGCAACACUACUCUCUCUAAGACCAUCAAGAAGUAUAGAGGAGAAACAGAAUCAAACAAGAACGAACAUACUCAACAGCCCGGCUUUACCCAGUUCUAGUGGCCUUAUCACUAGUUUCGGAGGUCUCAAGAAAGAGGAAUCAUUGAAUAAAAAUACGCCAUUAACAAGAGACGCUUUGGGAAUUACGGUCAAAAAGAAGAAAGUGAAUGCAAGUGAGAAAGUAGUUGAAAAUGAUUGUAAUAAAAAUUGUGAAGAGAAGUUUACUGAUGACAAAAGUGCUGUAAUAGAUGGAGACAUAGAUAGGAUUAGUGAUUUAGUUGAUAAGAAUGAAAAGGAUAGCAAACAGGAUGUAAAUCUUGAAAAAAAUAUAAUUGAUGAUGAUAAAAAUGUGCGAGUUACAACAAAAACUGAUGACAGAAGUGGUAUUUCGCUAGUAGGUGAUUAUAGCUCUAGUGAAGAAAAUUCUGAUUGAUUUAUGAUAUACAGUGUUUAAGUAUAUCAAUUCAAGACAAAUACAUAUAGUCACGUCUAUAUCCCUUGCGGGGUAGACAGAGCCAACAGUCUUGAAAAGACUGAAUGGCCACGUUCAGCUAUUUGGCUUAAUGAUAGAAUUGAGAUUCAAAUAAUGACAGGAUGCUAGGCCAUCGCCUAGAAAAGAAUCCCAAGUUUGUAAGCCUAUCCCUUAGUCGCCUUUUACGACAUCCACAAGAAAGAGAUGGAGUGGUUCUAUUCUUUUUUGUAUUGAUGCCGGGAACCACACGGCACGGCUAUUUGAUAUACAUUUAACAUGAUUUACAUUGAAUGAUUGAUAUUAAUAAGAAAGGUGAUUGAUUACAUAUGUAAACCUUAAGCGUCCAAAACAGUUGCAUUGAUUGAUUCCAGUGUUAAAAAUUUCAAUCUAGGAAAUAAUUAUGAUAUACUAUAUCUAGCAACUUCAACUAAUACUUUGUAUAUGAAAUAUGAUGGCCAUAAUAUAGUAUUUAUAAUACA